AAACACUAAUAAUUGUUGUUUUUAAGAGCAGGAUACUAAUAGCAACCAUGGCUGGUCCAUCAAGGAAGGCUUCUUCACAUGCUGAUGCCUUCUGGAUCCUCUACAAGCAACUGUGUGCUGCCUUGCCUGAGCUCUGGAGGUAGAGCGAUCCGCAGAAAGGGAGCUGCCAGCUCAAAUGGCUUUUUUCCAGUGGGACCCCAACAGGACUAUGGGACCAUGGGGAACCACCAGGAGCUUGCCUUCCCGUGGCUGCAGUGGCCAGGUUUAAACCCCUGCACCUCCAAACCAAACAACACAGCACAACCCCCUCUCUUCCCCUGUGCUUGCAAUUAUCAGCAUCCUAAAAGCCGUGCCAAAUUUCAGGCAGACCCAUCCUGCAAGACCAAGCUGCUGAGUCUGCCGUCGCCUUGCUGCUUCCAGCCAUUGUCCUCUGCUUAUCAGGGUGCUUGCUCAGCAGCCAGCAAACCAGGGAACAGGCUGGCCUUGGCGACGCUGCCUCUUCUCCACCAUCUGGUCCAGAGUGUGGCAGAGGAACAAGUGCAGAAAAGGAAGAGCAACUCAGGGGGCCCUCACCAGGAGGCCCCUGCAGGGAGGGGGCGGCUCAGCAGGAGCCCACCUGUGCCUUAUUUAUACCCGCACACACACACAAUCUGUCCUUGGAGUUAUCUAGAAGAGAAGGUUCCCAUUUGCCGAGCAGCUUUCUUUGAAUCCAAGGGAGGAUCGAGUCAACAAAAGAAGACAUAUUCAUUCCAACUGCCUAUAGCAAAGUAGAGACGGUAACCAUACAUAUUUAUGCUUGCCUGUAUUAGCUCUAUGUAUAUAUCCGAUUGUGUGUGUCCAUACAUAUACAUUUGUUCAAGGAACUCUGCAGAAGAAGAAAUUGGAAUUUAAACCAUAUGAGAAGAAUCACUAGAUGAAAUGAGGUUUAUAAAACUA